AGUUUCUUUUAAAAUAAAACAUGCUUUUGUUUUUAUGCAGUUACAGAGCUCAAUGUGAAACAACAUGUGUUCAUCGCAACUCCAGCAACAUGGAGUGAGGCUCAGAGUUACUGCAGAACGCAUCACACCGACUUGGCAAUGAUUGAGAACGAGGCAGAAAACUCUGCAGUCAAACAGUUAAUUCCAGUUGGAGUCAAUGUUUGGAUCGGGCUGUACCGAGUGCCGUGGAGCUGGUCUGACAAGAGACCCAGCCUCUUCCGACGAUGGGUCUCUCCCGAACCAGACAACUACGGGGGUAUUCAGAACUGUGUCUGCGAGAAUACAGCACAUAUGUGGGGUGAUGAAAAGUGUAGUGCCACCAAAGUCUUCAUUUGUGAACAAGUGGUAAAAACGAGCCCCACUGUGAAAAUGACGAUGACAAGCGACGUGGAUCUGACCGAUCCAGCCGUCAACGCCCAGGUCCUCCAGCAGCUUGGUGCCUUGCUGACGAACCAGGGAUGGACUGAUUUCAAAGUGAAAUGGAAGAUUGUCUCCAAGAAAAACAAAGAAAACUGAAUGCAGCAAAUUAAUUACAUCUGCUGAUUUACAGGCCUUGUGUUUUUACCUUUUGCUCAAUCAGAUUGCAAAUUAUUGUCAUAGAAAGUAAUGGUAUCUUAGGUUUUAAAGGGGACCUAUUACUCAAAACUCACUUUUUGUACGUCUUUAUACUUACAUUUGGGUUUCAACUGCAUCUAAAAACAGAUGAAGUACUUGA